CGCAGUGCCACCACUAUUUUAAUAAAGCACGGUCACACUAUUGACGUGGCCUCAAAAUUUUUUGUUCUCUCCGGAUAAUGCAAAAAGUUAGCAUUUUUUAAUUGUGUAAAACUCGUCACCAAGUCCACAGAAUCCGCCUGCUAGUCCAGGACGUGCCCGCACUUAUCCGGAACACGCGGGGAGCGCUAAAAAUCGCGAGAGAAAGAAAAGUUUUGAGCGGAGAGAGUGCAAGGGCAGUGCCGUGAAAAUUGUUUAAAUCGCCUUCGGAAGAAAAACUGGCCCAGGACUCACCUAAAUCCAUUUGACAAGUUCCCACCCAGCGGUUUUCUCAACUCCCGCCGCCUUUUCACGUGUUAUAAAGCGGAAAAGCCAAUUCGCAGCCCGCAGCAAAAUCGCCAAUCAAGGGCGCAAGAAGAAGAGGCAACUACAAAGUGCAAGUGCUGGUCGAGAAACUACAUGCCACUGCGGCUCGGACAGGUGAUAAGUGACGGACCUCGAACUUAUGAAUUAGUAGCAUGUCGGCUUACAAUCCGAACCUCGUGCCUCCCGCCCACGCUCCCAUGCCUCUUAACGGCAACAAUCUGAUGAACGGCCUGCCAGGUGCCACCCAGCAGCCGCAGCAGCAGCCAGCUCCUCCAACUAGUCAACAGUAUCUGCCACAAAAGCAGCCACAGCAGUUCCAGCAACCUCCGCUUGCAGCAGGAUAUCCAGCAGCUGGACCACCGGCAAACCUGCCACCGCCGCCGCAGUUCAACAGCGGCAUUGCGAGCCAGUUCUUGCCACCCACGUCAGGAGCAACUCCUCACCAGCAGCAGCUGCCGCCCAGCACGCUUCCGCCACAUCUGCGUCCACCCACUGUCAACGGCCCACCCCUCACUAACGGUAGCAAUGGGGCGUCAAGCGCCAACUCUUCGCGCACUGCGUCCCCCAGGCCAGUGGGAGCUGCUUCCCAGUAUGCCCAAGGACCGAUCGCCGCAACGCUAAACAAUCCGCCGCCGGCGUCAGGACUGCGUCCCACAACCCAAACGGCAAGCCAGCCCUUGGCUAACUUGACAAGCAAUCUGGAGAACCUUAACUUAAACCCCAACCGGACAAACGGAGGUGCCAGCGCCGUAGCAGCGCCAACGCAGCAGUUUCCGUCUCUGGCGCAGAAGGAUUACAGGGGCGUGGCCUCGGCGCAGACGGGACCGCAGCAGUUAAACGAUGCUGGUAGUUUGUUAACCGUCAGCGGAGUGGUCCCUCCUGUAGUUUCCAAUUCCAUGGCGAUGCCGUUUAGCGGACAAAAGCCUCCCAACUUGGCUCCGCAUCCGGCAAAGAUGUUUGGCAGUGCAGCAGGACCCGUCAGACCCACGCCGCCCCCAGUGGGCGGUAUCCAGAGGUUACCCUACGGAGUGCCUCCUCCUCAGGCAAACUCCGAACUGCAAAACCAGCAGAACAACAACCUGCAAAGGGCAGCGCCGCCCCCGGGAGCGGGAGCAGCCUGGCCGCCCAGUUUGCCCAAGGCAACGGUGCCGGGAGCCCAGCCCUUGCUGCCACCACCGCAAGCGCAGCCUUAUCCAUACGCCCAGGCGUAUCAACAAGCGCCUCAACAGCAGCCGCCUCCCCCUGCGUCUGCAGUGCAGCCACCUCCUCCAGGAAUGUUUGGAGCACAGCCAACAGGGGCUCCACUGCAGUACCAAGCCCAGGCUCCUCCUCAGGCUUAUGGACAGCAACCCCAGCAUCCACAGGCGGCUCCAGGCGGACCUUUUAGCACUGCUGCUCCAGUGAGCGUUGCUCAGCAGGGAUUCAGCCGGCUGUGGGGUCAGGAUACGAUCGACCUGAUGCAAAACCGGCACAUCCUGUCGCCGGCCACGCUGCCGCCCCCAAAGGUGGUGCUGCACAACCAGUUCCACGAGUCCAUCAACUGCAGCCCGAGCAUCAUGCGCUGCACUCUGACCAAAAUUCCCGAAAGCAACUCGCUGCUGCAGAAGUCGAGGCUGCCGCUGGGCAUUGUGAUUCAUCCGUUCCGGGAUGUCAAUAGUCUGCCCGUGAUUCAGUGCAUCAAUAUCGUGCGCUGUCGGCUGUGCCGCACCUACAUAAACCCCUUCGUUUACUUCGUGGACAGCAAGAUGUGGAAGUGCAAUCUAUGCUAUCGCGUCAAUGAAUUGCCGGAUGAUUUUCAAUUCGACCCGGCCACUAAGACGUACGGAGAUGUGACUCGACGGCCCGAGGUGCGUUCCAGCACAAUCGAGUUCAUCGCCCCCUCGGAGUACAUGCUGCGUCCGCCGCAGCCGGCCAUGUACCUGUUCCUUUUCGACGUCUCGAUCAUCGCGCAGCAAAGCGGCUAUCUGGAGGCGGCCUGCGCCGUGCUCAACCGGCACUUGGACGAGAUGCCCGGCGACGCGCGCACCCAAGUGGGAUUUAUCUGCUUCGACAGCUUCGUGCAUUUCUACAGCAUGGCCGAGGGCCUCAACCAGCCGCACGAGAUGACGCUGCUGGACAUCGAGGACCCCUUUCUGCCGCGCCCCGACAGUCUGCUGGUCAACCUGAAGGAGUGCAAGGAGCUGGUGAGGGAUCUAUUGAAGCAGCUGCCCAAGCGGUUCGCUCACACCCACGAUCCGGGUUCGGCCUUGGGGGCUGCUCUGCAGGUGGCCUUCAAGCUAAUGCAAGCAUCUGGCGGCCGCAUUACCGUCUUUCAAUCGUGCCUUCCCAACAAGGGACCCGGCGCCCUGGAGCCGCGCGAGGAUCCCAACAAUCGAUCCGCCAAGGAUGUGGCCCAUCUGAAUCCGGCCACCGAUUUCUACAAGCGUUUCGCCCUGGAGUGCUCCGGCUAUCAGAUAGCCUGCGACCUCUUCCUGAUGAACCAGCAGUACAGCGACAUGGCAACCAUCUCUGGCAUUAGCAAGCACAGCGGCGGCUGUGUGCACCACUUUCCGCUCUAUCAGAAGACGAAGCCGCACAUGGUGGACUCGUUCCGGUCGUGUUUUAAGCGUUACCUGACCCGAAAGAUCGGUUUCGAGGCGGUGAUGCGCAUCCGGUGCACGCGCGGUCUGCAGGUGCACACAUUCCACGGCAACUUCUUUGUGCGCUCCACAGACCUGCUCUCGCUGCCCAACGUGAAUCCGGACGCGGGCUACGGCAUGCAGAUCUCCUACGAGGAGAGCCUGACGGACGUGAAGACAAUCUGCUUCCAGGCAGCGCUGCUCUACACGAACAGCGAGGGAGAGCGUCGCAUUCGGGUGCAUACUGUGUGCCUACCGGUUACCGCCUCGCUCCCAGAAGUUAUGCAUUCGGCGGACACGGAGGCUAUCAUCGGGCUGCUCUCCAAGAUGGCUGUGGAUCGCUCCGUGGCCUCUAACCUGUCGGACGCACGAGACGCCUUUAUCAACGCCACGAUCGACGUGUACAACGCCUUCAAGAUCGCACAAAAUCUGCCGUCGGGGCAGUCUGGUCAGCUGAUAGCCCCGCGCAGCCUGGCUUUGUUGCCCCUCUAUAUCCUGGGGUUGCUUAAGCAUCCCGCCUUCCGCGUGGGAACCAGUACGCGACUGGAUGACCGCGUCUUCGCCAUGGACUGCAUGAAGACGCUGCCGCUGGACCAGCUAAUGAAGUACGUCUACCCGGAGCUGUAUAAGAUCGACGCACUGAUCUACCACGCCCGCAACUCGAACGUGAGUGCGACGCAAGAGGACGAUGAGGAGGAAGACGAACCGCUGCCGGAAUUGCCGCGCCUGCAACUUUCCGCGGAGCACUUGGACUCGCGGUCAAUGUUCCUGAUGGAUUGCGGCACGCUGAUAAUGAUCUACGUCGGGCUAAAUGUGCCGUCUGAUGUGUUGGAGGCUGUGCUGGGCAUUAGCUCCACCGCGGAGCUGGGUGACUAUGUAUACGGAUUGCCAAACGUCGUAAGCAACGAGAACGAUGUUCUAAAGCGCUUCAUCUUGCGACUCAACUACGAUAAGCCCUACUCGGCGCUGGUUCAGAUCAUUAGGGACACGAGCACGGCCAAGGGCCAGUUCAUCGAGAGAUUAACCGACGAUCGCAGUGAAUCUAGUUUGUCAUACUAUGAAUUUUUGCAACACAUUCGGGCUCAGGUUAAAUAGUACAUAAGCAGGGAAUCCCUUCACUACUGUAUGCAACAUAAAUACGAGUUUCUUAGACCAUAAAGACUCAGACUCUGGUGACUAAAAGCAAAAAGCGAGUGCAGGCGAUGAAGGCCACAACGGGACACACUACCACUGGAUUCCCCCACCCUCCCCCGGUAACCCAUUCUUCACCACUCUCUCGGCUUAGGUAAUUUAAAAGUGCAUGUAUUUAUUUAUUUGUUGAUUUGUUGCACUAAAAAAAAAAAGUUAAAUCAAUUAAAGAACAUAGAGAAUGCGUGAGAGCUGACUUGUCACAACCGAGACUAGAAAUCGUUGCCAGUUCGAGUUAGGUGAACAUUAGUCAAAAGUCCAGCUAACCAAUCAGUAGAGCUCCCCUGCAAGCGGAUUGCGCUGUUAUUUAUUAUAGAUAUUUUAUGCGAUAAUAUAACGAAUCACUGUUGUAAAUUAUAAUUUAACGCGAUUUUUGUUCGUUCCAACUGCUUCAAACAUUCUGCAAACUCUGAGCCCACGAAUUGUUAUAGCUUAUCCGUUUUUUUGCUGUUUUGCGUAGUAUUUAUUUUCGGAACCCAAAAGAACCCAUCAUACAGUCUAUUUAUUCUUAAGUAAAAGGGAAGGCGCUUUGUUGCACUGUAGUUAGCGAACUUAUUUCAAACGAUUGUACGGGAACAGAUUCGGUAUUGUGUAUUGCAUUGAUUGGACUGCUAGGAAGUGAAAGUCUUAAACUUAGAAGGAUUAUUAUACUGUAUCAAUAAAGAGACCCCAAACCCUGUA